GUGGUAAACGUAUAACUUUAUUAGCAAUAAGUAAGAGUACUAAUUACUUUACAAGAACAUAUACAUUGAAAUUGGCCAAAUCAAGUUUGACCAAUCUCUCCAUACCAUCACCUCGACGCGGGAGUGCAAUAACGCGAGGCCCUCACGCGGCAGUGCAAUAACGUGAUGCGGUCCACUAUACUAAUAAAACUAUACUAUCCCACCAACGAAAAACACGUAAAUAAAGAUACUCAGAAAAUCACAAACUAUCUACACACUACUGUUUUUGAUUACCUCUACCUCUUGUUCCUCUACCUCUUACACCUCUAACUCUACCUUUACCUCUUCCAUGAUACGUCGUCCAUUCUCCUUCACUAUCCUCUUCAUCCUCUACUUUGCUUCUAUCACCUUACUUACCGAUAAUCCGCUUCUUACCCUCUUUUAUGCAAUCUUUAUCAGAUUUUUUUUUUUUUGGUUAGGCAAUAACCUCGUCGAGCAUGAAGCGUUUACGGUAUUAUAUUCGUGUAUCUCUACUGGAGUAACUUGUUUCAUAGUUUUGGCCUUCCCUUCCUUUUCUUCUUUUUCUCCCUUUUCUUUCGUCGCAUCCUCCCUUUCCUUCAUUUCUUUUAAUGCACUUCCUCAUAUUUCUUCUUGUAUUUUGUUGCCAACUCCACAAUCUCCUUCUGCAUCUCAGGAUCGUCCGUGUAUACUAAGACUUAUAUUUAGUUUUAUAAAAUAGAUUCUAAGUUUUACCUGGAUUGGAAAGUCAUUAUAAAAAAUUCUUUGAAUCAUUAUUUUCACGUUUCACUCCCAUGUUCUUAAAGGAAUAUAUUUUACAUUUGUAAGUAGGGAUGGAAUCGGUUCAAAAUGAGUCGACUCGAGUCGAUUCUGGAACCGAACUUAAAUU